AUGAGCGACGCUAAUGAUGAAUGUGAUGUUCUUGCUGAGAUUAUCCUUGUAGGUACCUCUCUUGGGAGUGUCCGCAAGCAGUACUUCGAUUCAAAACGUCUUGCCAAUCUGCUAGAUUGUAAAGCAGUGAUUUACUAUCUUAUAGAUGCCAAUCUUGAUUCUUCUGUUGCUAAAGGGUUGAAAGACUCGGAGCUCAUUAAGGAGUGGAAGAAAGAAGGAGUUUUCAAACUAUAUCCAAAUUCAACUAAUGAAAUUAUUCUGCCUCAGUUGAUUGUGGAUGGAAUUGGAAUUGGGGACUAUGAGAUGGUACAGGACUUUGAGGAUGAUGGGGACCUAGAGUAUAUAAUGACGAGGCUGAUGUGCCCAGCAUGUUUCAAGGAUAAGACAGCAGAACAGGUGUUUUGUAACAACUGCGGGGUUACACUCACAAAUUUGAUCCCGCAGGAAUACAUCGACGACAAUACUAUCCAGCGCAUUUACAUGGGAGAUAUCUACGAAGAGGAGUAUACUGACUCCGAAUAG